CUUUUCCCCCCCAUUCGUUCGACGCAAUAUAAUCCAAACGAAGCAACGAAGAGAUAUAUAGACUCGAGAGGUAAAGAGAAGCGAGAGGGGGAGAGAGAGAGAGAGAGAGAGAGAGAGAGAGAGAACUUACAAAAUGCGCUUCCCCUGCCAUUUCCUCCUCCUCCUCUUCUUCUUCGUCGUCGUCGUCCUCGGCGGCGGCGCGGCGGAGGAUGCGUCGCCGGCGGCGGCCGAGGUGGCGGCGCUUCUGGCCGUGAGGUCGGCGCUCGCGGACCCCUCGGGCGCGCUCGCGUCGUGGUCCAACGCCAGCUCGUCGGAGCCCUGCGCGUCGUGGCGCGGGGUGUCCUGCUCCCCCCCCGCGCGGGUCGGGUCCCCGCGCGCCGUCGCGUCCCUCGACAUCUCCUCCCUCAACCUCUCCGGGCCCUUCCCGGCCUCGCUCACCCUCCUCCCCCGCCUCCUCGUCCUGAACCUCUCCAACAACGGGCUCAACGGCUCCUUCCCCUCCUCCGUGGCCCUCGCGCUCCCGCUCACCCUCCGCGUGCUCGACCUCUACAACAACAACCUCUCGGGCGCCCUCCCCCCGCUCUCCCACCUCCCCUCCCUCCGCCACCUCCACCUCGGCGGCAACUUCUUCUCCGGCUCCGUCCCCGCCGCCUACUCCCGCUUCCCCCGCCUCGAGUACCUGGCCCUCUCCGGCAACGAGCUCUCCGGGCCCCUCCCGGCCUCCCUCGGCUCCCUCCCGCGCCUCCGCGAGCUCUACCUCGGCUACUACAACUCCUUCGUCGGCGGCCUCCCCCCGGAGCUCGGCAACAUCUCCACCCUCGUCCGCCUCGACGCCGCCAACUGCGGCCUCUCCGGGCCCCUCCCCCCGGAGCUCGGCCGCCUCCUCAGCCUCGACACCCUCUUCCUCCAGGUCAACGCCUUCUCCGGGCCCAUCCCCGACGAGCUCGGCGAGCUCCGCUCCCUCAAGUCCCUCGACCUCUCCAACAACGCCCUCUCGGGGCCCAUCCCGCCCUCCUUCGCCCGCCUCCGCAACCUGACCCUCCUCAACCUCUUCCGCAACCGCCUCUUCGGCGCCGUCCCCGCCUUCGUCGCCGACCUCCCCGCCCUGGAGGUGCUCCAGCUCUGGGAGAACAACUUCACCGGCGCCGUCCCGCGCGGGCUCGGCCGCAGCGCCCGGCUCCAGCUCCUGGACCUCUCCUCCAACCGCCUCACCGGGUCGCUGCCCCCCGAGCUCUGCGCCGGGAACCGGCUCCACACCCUCAUCGCCCUCGGCAACUUCCUCUUCGGCCCCAUCCCGGACUCCCUCGGCCGCUGCGCCUCCCUCACCCGCGUCCGCCUCGGCGACAACUACCUCAACGGCUCCAUCCCCCGCGGCCUCCUCGACCUCCCCGAGCUCACCCAGGUCGAGCUCCAGGACAACCUCCUCACCGGCGGGUUCCCGGAGACCUCCGGAAACUCGACCAACCUCGGCGAGAUCUGCCUCUCCAACAACCGCCUCUCCGGCCCCCUGCCCGGCUCCGUCGGCAGCUUCUCCGGGGUCCAGAAGCUGCUCCUCGACCAGAACCGCUUCUCCGGCGCCAUCCCGCGCGAGAUCGGGCGGCUGCAGCAGCUCUCCAAGAUCGACUUCAGCGGCAACACCUUCUCCGGGCCGAUCGCGCCGGAGAUCAGCCGGUGCAGGCUGCUGACCUACCUGGAUCUGAGCCGGAACAACCUCUCCGGCGAGAUCCCGGGCGAGAUCACCCAAAUGCGCAUCCUCAACUACCUGAAUCUGUCGCGCAACCGCCUCGACGGCGCCAUCCCCGCGUCGAUCGCCGCGAUGCAGAGCCUCACCGCCGUCGACUUCUCCUACAACAACCUCUCCGGCCUCGUCCCGGGCACCGGCCAGUUCAGCUACUUCAACGCCACGUCGUUCCUCGGCAACCCGGGGCUCUGCGGGCCCUACCUCGGCCCCUGCCCCCCCGGCUCGUCCUCCUCCUCCGGCGGCGGCGGCGGCGGCGGCGGCGGCGGCGGCGACGGGUCCCGCGGCGCCCGCGGGCGGGGCUCGCUCUCCAGCAGCUUCAAGCUGCUGCUGGUGAUCGGGCUCCUGCUCUGCUCCAUCGCGUUCGCCGUGGCGGCCAUCCUGAAGGCCCGGUCGAUCAAGAAGGCCAGCGACGCCCGCGCCUGGAAGCUGACGGCGUUCCAGCGCCUGGACUUCACGUGCGACGACGUGCUGAACUGCCUCAAGGAGGAGAACAUCAUCGGCAAGGGCGGCGCCGGCAUCGUGUACAAGGGCUCCAUGCCCAACGGCGACCACGGCUUCUCCGCGGAGAUCCAGACCCUGGGCCGCAUCCGGCACCGCCACAUCGUGCGCCUGCUGGGCUUCUGCGCCAACCGGGAGACGAACCUGCUGGUCUACGAGUACAUGCCGAACGGCAGCCUGGGCGAGGUGCUGCACGGCAAGAAGGGCGGCCACCUGCAGUGGGAGACGCGCCGCAAGGUCGCGGUGGAGGCCGCCAAGGGCCUCUGCUACCUCCACCACGACUGCUCCCCGCUCAUCCUCCACCGCGACGUCAAGUCCAACAACAUCCUCCUCGACUCCGCCUUCGAAGCCCACGUCGCCGACUUCGGCCUCGCCAAGUUCCUCCAGGACUCCGGCGCCUCCGAGUGCAUGUCCGCCAUCGCCGGCUCCUACGGCUACAUCGCCCCCGAAUACGCCUACACGCUGAAGGUCGACGAGAAGAGCGACGUGUACAGCUUCGGAGUUGUUCUGCUCGAGCUGGUGAGCGGGAGGAAGCCGGUGGGGGAGUUCGGCGACGGGGUCGACAUCGUCCAAUGGGUCCGGAAGAUGACCGACUCGAACAAGGAGGAAGUGGCCAAGAUCCUCGACCCGAGGCUCUCGACCGUGCCCGUCGACGAAGUAAAGCACGUGUUCUACGUGGCGAUGCUCUGCGUCGAGGAGCAGAGCGUCGAGCGGCCGACGAUGAGAGAAGUGGUUCAGAUGCUGAGCGAAGCCCCCAAGACCAGUGCUAAGCAGGUAGAGGAUCCGGUUAAAGGAGACGGCGAAGCCUCCGCAGAAGCGGCUGCAAAGGAGAGCAAAGAGCAGCAGCAGGCCGAGGGGGAGGACGCUGCUGCGCCCGCGGCAGCGACUGCAGCUCCGCAGUCGUCGUCGUCAUCGUCGCCGCCGGAUCUUCUUAGCAUCUAAUAAGGGUUUAGUUGUUAGCAAGUUUGGUUAUUGGGUCCCUUUUUACUUUAUCUUCUUUUCAUUUUACUGGAGUUAUGGGGUCUAAUCUUGUGGGUUUAUGAACUGUCUUUGUACAUACAAAUCUGGUGGGGUUUCUUUUUUCUUCUUCUUUUUUCUCUUUUUGGCUUUCAGGUUGUUUGGUCUCUUUCUUUAUCUUUUGCUGUUGCUCACUUUAAAUGUCAGUUUUGGGUAUAAUUGCUGCAAUUAGAAAGGUGAUUGAGCAGUACUUGAACUUCUGUUGUACUCAGAUUACCGCAAUAAUCGGUGACUAUCGCAUAUUCUG